CCCUUUCCAGGCCUCAUCACUUUCCUCAUCUUCUCAUCCACAAUAAUACAGCUCAGGGGUGACCUGAAACCUUUGAACACCAUUGAAAAAUGGGUAAAAUGAUGGAACUAUUGGUGGUGAUGACAGUGUUUCUGUCAGCUGUAACUAAUGUACAAAGAUCAGAUGCAGCAACAUACACAGUUGGGGAUAGUUCUGGCUGGUCUACACCUUUUAAUGGAGAUUCUAGUACUUACACUACUUGGGCCAACCAGCACCAGUUUGUCACCGGAGAUAUCCUAGUAUUCAAUUUCAACACCGGACUACACACGGUGGCUACAGUGAACAACAAGAACGAUUAUGACUCGUGCAACCCCGCAAAUGCAAACGUCCAAAAUAACGGCCCGGUAAGUAUUCCACUCAAUUCUACCGGCCUCCACUACUACUUUUGCACGGUCCAUUGCUCCCAGGGUCAAAAACUGACGGUCAACGUUGGUUCCACUAAUAAUAAUAACGGAUCGCCGCCCCCGCCGCCGGGAACCAUCCCUUCUCCGGGCUUUAAUUCGCCUCCUCCCCCACCUCCGCCGCCGCCGUCUGCCGCCACUAGUGCAACGUUGUUUUCGGGCCUAAUAAUUUUGCCACUUUUGUUGGCAGUGUUGUGAUAGAUAGAGAGCAUAUUUUACUGUCUGGUCUAUAGGGGAUUUUUGUAUGUUAAUAAUAAAACUCAUCUUGGAGUUGAGAGAUUUGUGGAUUAUGUGUUAGGGUGGUGCAUUUCAUGUAUUGUUGAUACUUCUAUGUAUUUUAUUGAAUAAAUAAUUAUCGUUUCAUUUUAUAUUUU